GGGAAGAAAAACAUUGUUACACCAAUGUAUCACGGCACUGGAAAUUUAGGUUAUUCAUGGAAAAAAUAAGUUUAGUUCAUUUAGAUAUCAGUUACUAAAUUGUGCUAAGUAAUCUACUAAUAUAUUUGCCUCGGGAUUAGUGUGUACUCAAUAGUUGCAUGUUGUGAGUAGCAAGCAUUCUUUUCACAGUGAAGACUAGCAAGAAAGCAUAGACAACUUCCCGCCACAAUCUAGCUACUACUGUAAAUGUCUCAGGACAGCCAGCAUGGCAAGUGGACAAUGUCCAGUAGCGAAGACGAGGAUGACGCACCCGCACCUGCCGUUUCAAAGCCCGCAGAGCGGCCGACGGCUCGUGCACUUGCUGAUACAAAUGAGGGCUCGAAAAAUAUGGACGCUUUGAUUCGCAGCAGCCAGAAAUCAGAUCCCAUACCCAGCACUGACAUUAAGAGUGAAUCAUCCUCACCAGCGAUAUCUUCCAAAACCAUUGGCUCUGAGGCCAGGCAAGCAGCCCACAGUAAUCAGCACAACCCCGUGAAGUUCGAAACCAAAGUUCCGUCUCCUGCUGUCAAAAGGAAGAAGGAAACUGAGGAAUCUGGUUGGGCUCUUUCUAGUAGUGAUGACGAAAGGCCCGACGAAAAGGCAAGCCAGACGAAAAGGCGAAGCCCAAGUCCAAAGAGGAAGAAGGUGGAAGACAAGCGACCACCGAGUCCACAUGGCCCAUCUUACUACAAGGAAGAGCCUGAGGAAUUCUUUGAAACCAGCUUGCCUCCGGAAAACACGUUCCGAUUUUACCUCACUAAAGUGACCGGUAUAGAAAAGAAGUACAACAACGGGGCUUUGCACAUUAAAGAAAUCCUCUCUCCCCUGUUUGGAACUCUGAAAGAAUCUGUGCAGUUUAACUACUGCUUUGAUAUCCCCUGGAUGGUACAGCAAUACCCACCAGAGUUCAGGGACAAGCCGGUGAUGAUUGUUCAUGGGGAAAAACGUGAAUCCAAGGCCAGGUUAAUCCAGCAGGCUCAGCCUUACGGACACAUCCGUUUUUGCCAGGCCAAAUUGGAUAUAGCUUUUGGAACUCAUCACACGAAAAUGAUGCUGCUCUGGUACGAGGAGGGAUUCCGCGUUGUGAUCCUCACGUCAAACCUCAUCCGCGCCGACUGGUACCAGAAGACACAGGGGCUCUGGCUGAGCCCACUUUAUCCCAGGUUACCCGAGGACAGUCCGGCCUCAGCCGGGGAGUCUCCCACCUACUUCAAACGCGACCUCGUUGAAUACCUGGAGGCCUACCGCUCCCCCGAGCUCGCCGAAUGGAUCGAGCGCAUCAAAGAGCACGACCUGUCGGAAACCAGAGUGUAUCUGAUAGGUUCUGCACCUGGGCGAUACCAAGGCGCCGACAUGGAAAGAUGGGGCCAUCUGAGACUGAGGAAGCUUUUGCGGGAGAACACCAGGCCUAUCCUCGGAGAGGAGGCUUGGCCUAUCAUAGGCCAGUUUUCCAGCAUCGGAUCCAUGGGUAUCGAUAAGACUAAAUGGCUGGCCGCAGAGUUCCAGCAGACCUUGGCCACACUUGGGUCAGCCAAGAAAUCUUCUGCCAGUUCAGAAACCACACUGCACCUGGUGUAUCCUAGUGUGGACAAUGUGAGGACAAGUCUGGAAGGAUACCCGGCUGGGGGAUCUCUGCCCUACAGCAUACAGACAGCCCAGAGGCAGUUAUGGCUCCACUCCUACUUCCACCGCUGGUCGUCCGAGAGUUCAGGCAGAGGCCAUGCCAUGCCCCACAUCAAAACCUAUAUGAGGACAUCGCCUGACUUCACAGAGCUGGCCUGGUUCCUCGUCACAAGUGCCAAUCUAUCAAAAGCUGCCUGGGGCGGCUUGGAGAAGAACAACACUCAGAUUAUGGUGCGCUCCUAUGAGCUCGGAGUUCUGUACCUACCUUCGGCAUUUAAUAUGACCAAGUUUACCAUUCAGAAGAACCCAUUUCCUGCCACCAGCUCCUCCUCUUCCUUCCCUGUGCCCAUUGACCUACCACCCCAGCGCUACAGCAGCAAAGAUCAACCUUGGAUCUGGAAUAUUCCGUACACUCAAGCUCCUGACACGCAUGGGAAUGUGUGGGUGCCUUCAUGAACUGCCAUGGCUACCUCUGCAUCACUUGGCUGGAGGUGGUAUUGACAUUUUGCCAUACCUUCUGGUGCUCAUGUAUAGAUAUAGCUACACUUUUCUAUGACUGUAGCUUUAAAUAAUUUGUAGAACGUCCUUUAUUUAGUGGCAUUUUUACAAAGAUAAAUGUCUGAGCUAAAACACAUGCAUUUUUGUAAUCAGCCUUCAAGCUUCUACUGUACUUUGUUCUUCCUACUUACAUGUAUGUGAUGAUGUCAUGUGUAUUGAUGUGAUUUCCAUUUCAUCUACAUAAUAUUAGUAAAAUAAUAAAAAUACAGAUAGUUUGGUUCAUAUGUAA